GUGCUGGAAGUAGAUGACCUUCCGGCAAACACCUUCUUGUCGCUUCGAUAUGGAGACAUCCGAAAGCAGGCGCCGUUCCGCGCUGGGGAGUCCUUUGCCUUUCCGCCAAGUGGCAAGCAGCCAAAGGCCUUCACCGUGGACGUCUUCCAAAAGGUGGCAUCUUCCCAGGUUAGCUUGGCAGGCAUCUCUGCUCUCGGAGGAAGCUUGAACAAUGUGGAGAUCGAGACCCUGGACAUUGGCAGCGCGCCACUGAAGGCCUCCUUCGAAGCGUCGCUGCGGUCUUUUGACCACCAGGAGAAGUCAGGAGCCUCUCGUGGCCGAAACGCCGCGGAGCGAGCAAAGCAGUACAUGGAGCAGCGUGGGGUGCAGCACUUUCUGCAGGAGAUGUUCACCCAACUGCUUGAGCGGAAGCCAGAGGAUUAUCUCGGAUUUCUGGCGGAUUUCAUCGAGCAGAAGCAGGAUGAAGCAGACCAUGCCGACAGGAAUGAGAUCGACUUCUCUUCAGAGCCCGGCUUGGGAGAGAAUCCACUGCCCGGUUUCGCAGCAUUCCCGCUUCCUGACCUAGGCAAACAUAACAGCAUUGCCACAGAAGUGUUGCGGGCACAGCCAGAGAUCGAGCAGCUUGCAGACCUUCGAACCAGCAUGGGUGUAUCUUUGGCACAGUGUAUAAAGCCAGGCGUAGACUGCCCAGGGCACCCGAUGGUGAAGGUAGCUGGGGCCUUUGCUGGUGAUGCAGAAUGCUACAGCAUGUUCCAUCAAUUCUUCGACCCGCUCGUUGCAAGCCUAAGCUUGAAGGGCUCCGUGCGCAGCGGGGAUGGUGCGACCCACCCUUUGGAUGGUGAUGUCUCCAAGAUCUCCAGUGACCAAAUAGAUCCCUCAGGGAGCUAUGUGGUCUACGCCGUCCUGGAGGCACGGAGAAAUGUCGAAGGAAUUCGCAUGCCUGUUAGCUGCUCCAAGGAGGAGCGCCGAGAAGUGGAGAAACUCUUGUCCUCGGCCCGCCUGCGCGGAACGUACCUCCCCCUGGCUGGAUCGAAGAGUUGGCCGAAACGUUUGGGCGGCAUGGCAGCCUUUCAGGAGGAGCGGCUUCGAAAGGUGGGGAUGCUCUUGACGGAGCCAGAUUCCAAGUUGAAGUUGGCAGCAGGAUUCGGAAGACACUGGCCCGAUGCCCGCGGGGUGAUGGUGUGUGAUGCUCCUGGUGUUUUCGUCUGGUGCAACGAGGAGGAUCACUAUCGCUUCUUUGCAAGGCAGGAAGGCUCUGAGAUCAAAGAGCUCUACGAGCGGAUGGCGAAGACGAUGUCAGCCGUCUCAGAGGCGGCGACCAUGGCUGGCAGAGCCUUCGCCUCUUCAAGUAAGCUCGGGUGGCUCACGACCUGUCCUUCUCGCGUCGGCGCGGCCCUGCGUGUGACGCUGACGCUGCGAAUCCCCUUGUUGGCCAAAGCCGUCGAGCUGCCGGCGCUGUGUGAGUGCUUGCAUUUACACUGCGACUCCAGCAGCUCCGCCAUCUCCGGGAAUUUGUGGCAGAUCCACAGUUUGAGUAGCUUGGGAGUGUCCGAGGUGGAGGUAAUGAACGAAAUGAUUCAGGGCUGCAAGCUUCUCGUCGGACUGGAGCAGCGCUUGGAGCGGAAGGAGCCGAUCUUCGAUGCUCUCCCGGGACUGGGCAGAGAGCUGCCCUUCAGCCCUCUGCCCUGCCAAGGGCCAUGCCCUGAAGCCAUGCCCGACCUUGCUGGCUGCCGUAGCUUGGUGGCGGCUUCCCUGAGGGUGAAUCCCAAACUCUACCUCCAGUAUCGCAGCUUGGCGACUUCUUCUGGGACGCACCUUGGCGUCUGUUUGAGGCCAGCUUUCGACCGAGAUGUGGGGAGGCAGAAGACUGCCUCGGGCCUCGUUGCCGGGGACGAAGAGUGCCUGGACACCUUCCGCGAUUUGUUCGUCGCCGUUCACGGACAGCUCCAGGCACUCCAAGCCUCCUGGGAGCCUCCACGAGGUAGCUGGACAAGCGUGGAGCUAACAAGCUCAUGCCAGUGGGUGAAGAUCGAGAUGCGCCGCAAUGUUUCUGGCCUCAGGUUCGCCCCAUCAUGCUCCACAGAUGAAAGGCGCGAGGUGGAGCGUCUGCUGGUGCGCUGCAUGGAGAAUCAGAAGGCUGUGACGGGCCAGUAUUAUCCGUUGGCCUUCUCUCAAAGCUAUCCUUUGAUGCCCAACGGCAUCAAUCAACAGGAGGAACGGCAUCUCGUGAGAUUGGGAAAGCUGUUCCCGGCUCCGCACGCAUUGGGUGAGCUGAGCAGUGGAGUUGGUCGAGAAUGGCCGGAUGCACGUGGGGCCUUCCUGAGUGACGGAACCGCGGACGAUGGCUGCGAGACUUUGGCGUGGGUGAACCAAGCGGAUCACCUCCGUUUACGGUGCUUCGUCCCGGGGGGUGACAUGCAGCUGGCAUAUCGAAAGGUUCAAGGGAUGGCCGACAACAUCGAGACGGAGCUCAACUCCCUUUGCUCCAGGGGCUUCUCUCGCCAUGCGAAGUUUGGCUAUGUCACCGUGGACUCUCUCCACUUGGGUUCUGGUAUGCAGCUAACUGCUGCCAUGCAACUGCCAGAACUGAGCCAGCUGGAAGAUUUCCCGAAGCUCUGUGCUCGCCUCAAGCUGACACAGACUUGGCAUGAUGACGGCUACGAGCUCUCAAGCUAUCCGGCACCUGAACUGAAGGCCGAGGACCUGCUGGCUCGGACAUUGCAGAGCCUGCGCAUCCUUGCUGGCUUGGAUCAAUCUCUCGCCGACGGUCAAAAUGUGCAGCCAGAUCUGGAGGCACUCGGCGUGAUCUGA